AUGUCUUCAAUUGCUUCUAUGGCUACCCGUCGGGCGUUGGCCCGCCAGCCCGUUCUGCGCACCCCCAUGCGCCGCUUUCAGUCCUCCAAGGUCGAGGAUGCCAACCUCGACAAGGCUCCCAAGCGUGAUCCCGAGCUCUACGUCCUUCUCGGUGUCAUGGCCGGUGCUUUCGGUAUUGCUGGCUGGUACUUCGGCAGCAAGCCCACUUCCGUCAACUCCGAGAGCAACGUCCGUAUCGGCGAGAGUGCCAUGCCCUGGCACGCCUCCUCUGAGGACGGCAAGGUCUACAAGUACCAGUACCACCCUCACGGCGACAAGAACCAGCCCCUCCGUGCUGCCCCUAGCGCCAUGAACACCGUCAUUGUCCCCAACGUCACCCUGCCUGAGGACCUCCACGAGAGAUUCAACAAGUACGGCAAGGAGGAGUGGGACUACUAG